AUGAGGAUCGAGGGAGAGAACCGACUGGCCGACUGGCAUGAUAAAGAAGUGCCAUCACAAGCCGAUACCUGCGGCGAAGCAGAAACCGAUCUUAGCUAUCGGUUCCAUGGCACACGACGCUUUGAAGAACAUCAUACUAAACAGCUGGUUCCAAAAGGACCUUGCGAUGACGAGCCCAUUAGGCCAAUUUCGACGUAUCCCACCUAUGUAAAGUUAGCAACUUUACAUGCGAACGCGCUGCGAUUCGCCGAAAUGCGGGGAGAAGGGGUUGUAAAACGUCGUUUCAAGGUCGUCCGAAAGUACAACAACGAUAGGGACAGCUAUAUGAGUGAAAAGACGCCAAUCGACCAUGUUUGGAGGAAGGAAAUUUUCAUUGAUUUCCUCAAUAAGAAGACGCAGCGAUCCGAUGACGAAGAAGAAAUGGACGUGACAUGA